GUCUGAAUCUUAGAGCAUUUGGCGGCUCCCUAUCCCAACACCUGCGUUAAGUUUUCUUGCAAGUCGCGCCGCCUUCAUUCUAAUAUUUCGGACACUCCCAAUUUCAAAAUAUGUCUAGCCAUAGUUGUCAUGAAGUCGACAAGGCCCAUAGAAAGUCCAAAAAAAAUGUGGGCUCGCUGGAAAGUCUGCCACUUCAACUGCAAAACGCUUAUGACGAGCAGAGUGGAGCAUUUAAAAAUAUCAAUGAGAUUAGACAAACUUUCGCCUCAAAAGGGCCGAAGGACUUUCAGAAGAUCCGAAUUUUGGGAAGAGGAGGAGUAGGCAAGGUUUAUCUAGUUCGACUGAAGAAUACAGACAAACUAUUCGCGAUGAAAGUGCUUAAGCAGGACGAGAUGAUUCAGAAGAACAAGGUUAAGCGUGUAUUAACAGAACGAGAAAUCCUGGCAACAGCGAACCACCCUUUCAUUGUGAACUUGUAUUACUCAUUUCAAACUCGGUCGCGACUUUACUUUGUCAUGGACUACUGUGCUGGCGGGGAGUUUUAUAGGACAAUCCAGACACAACCGAAUAAGUGUCUGACAGAGGACCAAAUUCGGUUUUAUGCGGCAGAAGUCCUACUUGCCUUAGAGUAUUUGCACAUGAUGGGCUUCAUCUAUCGAGAUCUGAAGCCGGAGAACAUAUUGCUGCACGCGAGUGGACACAUACGUUUAACUGAUUUCGAUUUGUGUAAGGCGUCGGUGACGCCUGUCAAUGUGCGCGUAAUUCAAUCUAUGAUGGGGAAUUCAGUUGCACUCGUGGCCGAGCCAUCGCUCGUCACCAAUAGCUUUGUCGGCACUGAAGAAUAUUUAGCACCAGAAGUUAUAAAGGGAAGGGGAUAUAGAGCGUCUGUAGACUGGUGGACAUUUGGCAUUCUUUUGUACGAAAUGUUGUACGGAAUUACUCCGUUUCGAGGAGUCAAUCGUUAUGAUACGUUCAGCAAAAUCGAAAAGUCACAGCUCAAAUUUCCAGACCGUCAGCAUUCGAGCGUGUCUAAAGAAUGCAAGAACUUGAUUAGAAAGUUGCUUCUACAUGAUCCUAAAAAGAGGCUUGGAUCGGAGCAUGGCGCGACAGAGAUCCGAGCUCACCCGUUUUUUGGCAAAAUCACUUGGCCACUACUUCUUAAUAUGACCCCUCCGUUGGUACCCACACUAUCUGGUCCUCAAGACACGCGAUACUUCAGCAAUCGAAUUGUAGAUGAUGAAAAGGAUGCCGAAGAUUUGGAGGCUAUCGACGCGUCGAGUUUGGAAGCGAAUCACCCGUUCAAGUCUUUCACGUCGCUCAAUCGUGAGCGAGAAGCCCCUGUCAAGGCGGCAUCAAAAGAGACAGAAAUGGAAAAAAAAAUCUACAAAAAGAAAAGUUCAAAGCAGCUGUCAUCGAGAGAGGCGGAAUCGAACUCCAAAGGCGCCGCAGAAGAGCCUUACAAAAGAGAUAGCAAAUCACAUAAGUCCCUAUCCCGCAGCCACAGGAGUAAAAUCAAGUCGAAGCUUGAAUUUAGCAACAGCGAAGAAGCUAAUGUUGGAAGCAAAUGUACGAAGGACAGCGUCAUCGCCAGCAGCGGUUCCCAGGAUUCAGACUGUUUGAUAGACCAAAAAUCGGUGGUACUUCAAAAGCCGCCGCAUAAGAGAUAGCGACAGUACUCGGCAUUUGAAAUGUACGUAAUACAUCCUUUCAUCAUAACGCGGCAGCGGAGGGCGUACACAAAGUUAUGUAAUAUGGUUAGUAGUGCUGUACAUACUCAGUGAUGCGAAUAAAAAUUUUGCAAACGUUUAAGGUAAUGUUCUGAUUUUAGAACAUUAUAAGGCAA